AGUAGCUGAUAUGUCUGGAGGGACAGCCUCAGCAAGCCUGUGACCUUCUGUGACAAACUGGACCAUGGCAUUUCAGAAGGGAUUUAGCUGAGAUYGUUAAACAUGUGCCAAAAAGAGAACUGCUUCUUGGAUUUUUUCAAUCAAGUAGCACUAUAUUUGGACUGGAAACAGCCUGUGGAUGAGCAGGAAUAACCAUUAGGAGGCAAGUGAAAACUUUCAAGCAGAUACUACAGUCAAGGAAGAAACAAUUUGAAUAUAUCUGGGCAAUUUUCCAUCCUGACCGAAGCAACACUUUUUCCCAUGACAUCAGACUCAACACAAACAAUAUAUUAUAGUCCAUAUGUUGAUUYAGGAAAGCCCAAGCCGUGCAGAGCCAUGCACCAGCCCUCAGAACAGCGACUGAACAAAAGCUGGAUCGCUUGCAAGCCAUGGGAGUUGAUCAAACAAACAAAAAGCCCCGAGUUUUCAGGAUAAGGCACCUGGGUAAGACUUCUCAGCACGACGAGGUUGUGAAUACCAAGCGUGCAGGAGGAAGAAGAGGGCUCAGCAAGACACAACCAAGAAGAAACAUUCUGAACCUGGUGCCAGGCACUYGUGUGCAAGACUGAGCAGUACAUGAAGUACCAACUAUGCUAAAGGCUGCAGAAGCACAUGGCCAUGGACAACCCCUGCCUCAGAAACCUAACGGUGUGCAACCUGCCAGUGAGGAAAUAGAAAUGGUUAAUGCAUGGUUUGCUGAGAGAGUUCACACCAUCCCAGUCUGCAAGGAGGGAACCAAGUCCCAGAGUGAAGUCUGUGCCUGUCACCAGCCUGCCUGUGCUGAGACCACCAACUCUGGGACACCAGCGAGGAAAAUCUCCGCUUCUGAAUUUGACAGACCCUUAAGGCCAAUUUUUGUCAAGGACUCAGUAGGAGCAGUGAGCUUCCUCUCUGGCUCUGACAAGAAGGAACAGAUGCCUCUGCAAUCUCCAAGGAUUGAGACCAGCGCAGGGGAUCAGUGCUCGAGACUUUUAGAACUUGUCAAAGACAUUUCCAGUCACUUAGAUGUCACAGCGCUUUGCCAUAAGAUCUUCCUGCAUAUACACGAGCUGAUAGCAGCUGAUCGCUAUUCCCUGUUCCUGGUGUGUGAGGACAGCUCAAAUGAGAAGUUCCUCGUGAGCAGACUCUUUGAUGUGGCAGAAGGCUCCACCCUGGAAGAAGCUUCCAACAACUGCAUUCGCCUGGAGUGGAACAAGGGCAUUGUGGGUCAUGUGGCAGCCAUAGGGCAGCCUCUCAAUAUCAAGAAUGCCUAUGAGGAUCCAAGAUUCAAUGCAGAAGUUGACCAGAUCACGGGUUAUAAGACUCAGAGCAUUCUCUGUAUGCCAAUAAAGAAUCACAGGGAAGAGGUUGUUGGUGUGGCUCAAGCAAUCAACAAGAAAUCCGGAAUUGGUGGCACUUUCACUGAACARGAUGAAAAGGAUUUUGCUGCAUAUUUGGCAUUUUGUGGAAUUGUUCUCCACAACGCUCAGCUGUACGAGACGUCUCUGCUGGAGAACAGGCGCAAUCAGGUGCUUCUCGACCUUGCCAGCCUGAUUUUUGAGGAGCAGCAGUCUUUGGAAGUAAUCCUGAAGAAAAUUGCAGCCACUAUCAUAUCCUUCAUGCAGGUGCAGAGGUGUACCAUCUUUAUAGUGGAUGAAGAUUGUCCYGAUACAUUUUCUAGUGUCUUUCACAUGGAAUCUGAGGAAUUAGAAGAAUCAGCUGAAAAUCUGAAGAGGGACUAUGACACAAACAAAAUCAAUUACAUGUAUGCUCAGUAUGUCAAGAACACGAUGGAGCCACUCAACAUCCCAGAUGUCUGCAAAGACAGAAGAUUUCCAUGGACAAAUGACAAUGCAGAAAAUGUAAGCCAGARCAUAAAGAGUUUGCUGUGUACACCAAUAAAAAAUGGGAAAAAGAAUAAAGUGAUAGGGGUUUGCCAGCUUGUGAAUAAGAUGGAAGAAAACUCAGGAAAAAUCAAGGCUUUUAACAGAAACGAUGAGGAGUUCCUGGAAGCGUUCGUCAUCUUUUGUGGCCUGGGGAUCCAGAACACACAGAUGUAUGAAGCUGUAGAAAGAGCCAUGGCCAAACAGAUGGUGACAUUAGAGGUUCUYUCAUACCAUGCUUCUGCUGCUGAGGAGGAAACGAGGGAGCUGCAGGUAACAGUGGCKGCUGUAGUGCCAUCUGCACAAACUCUCAACCUGACUGACUUCUACUUCAGUGACUUUGAGCUGUCAGACUUUGAAACAACACUGUGCACAAUUCGAAUGUUCACAGACCUCAACCUGGUGCAAAACUUCCAAAUGAAACAUGAGGUUCUCUGCAGAUGGAUUUUAAGUGUGAAGAAAAAUUAUCGGAAGAACGUUGCUUAUCACAAUUGGAGACAUGCCUUUAAYACAGCACAGUGCAUGUUUGCUGCUCUGAAAUCUGGGAAAAUUCAGAGCAAACUGACUGAUUUAGAAACACUGGCUUUGCUGAUAGCAACCCUGAGCCAUGAUCUGGAUCAUAGGGGAGUGAACAACUCUUACAUCCAAAGAAGUGAACAUCCACUGGCUCAGCUGUACUGUCACUCAAUCAUGGAGCAUCAUCAUUUUGAUCAAUGCCUUAUGAUCCUGAAUAGUCCAGGAAAUCAGAUUCUCAGCAGCCUUUCCAUUGAGGAAUACAAGGCUACACUGAAAAUGAUAAAACAAGCCAUUCUCGCCACAGACCUAGCACUAUACAUAAAGAGGAGAGGAGACUUUUUCGAACUUCUAAGGAAGAAGCAGUUUAAUUGGGAAGAUCCCUCACAAAAGGAGCUAUUCUUGGCAAUGCUGAUGACUGCUUGUGAUUUAUCAGCMAUAACCAAACCAUGGCCAGUUCAGCAACGGAUUGCUGAGCUCGUGGCUACUGAGUUCUUUGAUCAAGGAGAUAAGGAGCGGAAGGAACUCAACAUAGAACCCACGGAUCUAAUGAACAGAGAGAAGAAAAACAAAAUUCCCAGCAUGCAGGUUGGAUUCAUAGAUGCUGUUUGUUUACAGCUGUAUGAGGCCCUAACACACGUGUCAGAGGCCUGCUCCCCUUUGCUGGAUGGCUGUAGAAAAAACAGGCAGAAAUGGCAAGCCUUAGCUGAGCAGCAAGAGAAGAACCUGAUCAACGGAGAAAGCAAUCAAGCCAAACGGAACUGAGAUGCUGAUUUAWCCACCAUAACAUAAGCUCACGUAGAAGACACAGUUAAUAGGGGAGUACUGCAUUUUGCUMAACACUGUAUGAAUUUGGCUUAUGUUUUGCCACUGCUGUAUAAUGUUUUUCCACAUUUCAAGAUAUAGCAUGACUGUGUAGGUGCCAAGAAUAUCUGAAGAUMGUAUGUUUCUUUUAUUACACCUGACUGAGAUGGAAAAAGACCUGCUAGGGUGUUUUUUGCCACCCUAUCCCACAAAAAGGUACUGGUGCAGUYCCUGACUGUGCCUGAGAGCCUGUUGUUUUCCAGAUGUACAUAGUUGUUGUUUAGUGAUCAUGUUGUGGCCAGUAUCUGAAAGACUACUGCAUUUCGCACCUUUUCUCCCCCUUUUCCCACCUUGCUGUGUUAGGUUUUAAAGUAUUGAACAGUCUUGCCUGUUCUCUUUGCAGAGGUUCAGAGGRAAGACUUGGACUCAUUCUGGAGAGCCUAUUCCAGCAUAAACUAUUGCUAACCUCUUUCAGAAAGCAGAAYGGGGCUCUGAGGUGAAGAGUCCCAMAAUUUGUGUAGCAAGUAGGGUYGGGGUAUGGGKUUYUUUCCAUAUUAGCUGGAUGUCUUAGCAAAUGUGUUACUCCACCUGAAGAAAUUUCUAAAACCCCUGUGAAUUAYUAGGCAAUGGGGGUCUUAGGAGUUUUGUGGUAGAGGUGUCAUCAUUAUCCAUGACCAAUGGAAACUGCUUGAAGACUGAUGAAAUGUCCCAACAWGACUGACAAGCUGCCAUGGAAGGAUGGCUCCCACAGAAAGCUGCAAGAAGCACACAGAGAAAUGGAAAAACAGCAUUGGUUUUGUAUGCUGGUUUUAGCUUCGUUUGGAAGUUGAUUUUAACAUCAUCUAACCAACAGACUGAACCCCAGGCAGAAGAGAAUGACUGCAAGAGGUGAAAAUCUGAAUCAGAAUGAUGCAGGAAUGGCACACUCCUGGUGACCAUCAAGAACUGAUUCUUCAGGCCAGUGUUACUAUAAAAUGCUAUGACCACUCAGAAGAAAGUUUUAUGUUAACAUCUCUUAAAGCGCAUUUUUAGCAUUAGUAAAAAAUGAUUAAUCAUAGUGUCUUGAAGAAAUAGGAAAAAAAAUAAUACCAGAAGCAAAAAUACCUAAGAAUGCUACAGGGAUUUGUAUGUGAGGCAUUAAUGGUGUGAAAAAUAAGAAAUCAAUUCAUUUGCACUAGUAAAAAAAAUGGUGUAUUAUUUAAAUGAAGAUGAUUAAUAAGAAAGGGUUUGAAUUGGGAAUCAAUUAAAGAAAAGAUACACAUUAGACAAWUCCCAAAAGAGGAAUAUGAAGGGAGUACUAUUCUUUGGGUAGAUAGGGUUAGGAAAGGGAUGUCAGCAGUCUAAAAUGCAUUAGCAGUACUUGUAACUCUGGCUGCACAGACACACACACAAUGUUCCACUUUUCUAGUCAGUAACAAUUUUUUUUGUUAAAAUCAGCAAUCAUAUUUGGCAAAAGUAGCACAUUUUGAAUUGCACUUUGGAGUGUGGGUAUUGAGUUCUAUCACAACAAUUCAGAAAAUUCUAGUUGGAAAUGGCAAUAAAUUCUUGUUCCCAGGAAAUUGUCAACCCAAACUCAUAAGAGCUGGCCAGAAAGACAGGGGAAAGUCCACCUUUUUAUCAAUUUCUUCAUUUAGAUAAAGUAUGCCAGAAGCUAAGAAAAGAUGAAGCAAAUGUUUCAAAAUGUUUGAUGAUGCUGAGUUAUAUAGUUGAUUUUUUUAAUGUAAUGUACUGUGAGUCAGCAGCAUUUCUGCCAACUUAAAUUAUUYGUCACUGAUUAAGUCCUAUCUCAAACUUCUCUAGUGAGUGGCAAUAAUAAAUUACUGCAGCUGAAUUUGAAAACCUUCUUCUGCAGAAGUAUUUCUCCUGAUUCUGUCCCCCCACAGAAAAAAGAAAAAAGAUGGAUCUCAACACUCAUUAAAAAUUSCAGGACUACUGUUCUGCCGUGCUCCAUAUGUGCAUUUCUGUGCACACACAGUAUGCAGAUGACAGCAGCCUGCCCAUCCCAACACAACUCCUCAGAAAAAGGUUUUAGGUACUUUUUGAUAAAUAGAAAACUUCAGGAUUUGCGUAGUCCUUGUAUAGUCUUUUCCUUGAGUGCUUGAGAUACUGAAAUAUAAUUAUUAUGCUAACUAWUGAAAUACAUAUUUAAUAUAAAUAGGAAAAAAAUAUAUGUAUAUAAAGGUGUAUUCUUGCUAUUAUGGUUGASACUAGUAAUUCAUGGUGACAACACAGCAGAUGACUAUGAUGAUAUCACAGUGUAGUGAUGUAACUUUGACAUUAAUAUUCCAGUAUUUCUUCGUAAUAUGGUAUGUUCAGCAAAGCUUUAUUAUAACUAAAUUUAUAAAUGCUACAAAGGAGUGCUGGAUUCAUACCUUUGACUUGAAAAAAAGGGCGUGAUGUUACAUUUUUUUAAAGGUUCRCUUAAAAGGAACAGUUAUACAGUAUGUGCAUAUAUUUAAUUACAUAUCUGUACACAUUUAUCCCAUAGAAUCUUUUCCACUAUAAAAGUUGGAACAUACAUAUAAAUACCGUUCCUAGUAAAUAAACAUUCAAAUAUCAUAACACACCUGUAUCUGUAUAUAUUUCUACAAAACCAAAGCCUAUAAACUACUGGUUUAAGAACUUUAAAAGCAUAGAAUGCUGUAUUUCAUGAAAUUCAAAGUCUUUGCAUAGUUCUUUACUCUGCCUGAAGGCAGAGUCAGCGUGUGUUGGUUCUUGUGUCAUGGCUUUGUGUGAAUCAUUUGCAGAAACUGCUCCUUUCUUUCAUAAUGUAGGUAGGGGACAAUACGGAAAAAAAAAGCUGGAGCUUUCUUGCCUGCAGUUCAUUGUGUUCAGAAUUCAACAAUUUCAAAGCCAGCUGGUGGAUUACAGCUAUGCAGCUGUCAUUAAUUUCAUCAGGAGUUGUGUAUCUAAUUAUUUCAGUCAGCUCUCAAACAUAUUGUCCCAAUUUAUAUUGUCUAGCUAAAACAAUCAGUGUGGCUUACACAGGAAACCAGCUGAAAUGGAGUUUAUCACUUUGUCAGCUCAGCCUUAAGUCCAUUGAAACCAUUGUCACAUUUGAGAUUUGUCUCUGAGUACAAUAAUUUGUGCCACUAAUUCUUAAUACUCCUCUUAAUGAAGAUAACUGUGUUAGUAUCCUGCUUCAUCUCAGAUCCAGACAGAUUUUCUUUCAAACUCACUCCAUAGCACAGUUUAAUGCUUAAAGCAGACUUUUAUUUCUGUUUGUUCUGAAAAUCAUUAGUUAUAUUAACAUACACAACAUUAUUGAUGAAUCCUACCUCUUAGUUCCAAAUAACAGUGAGACUCUUGAGCUGCAGGUACUAUUUCUUUUCCAAUGAAUUAGCCACACAGCCAAUAUCAGCUGUAGAAAGCCUAGGUUUUCUAUUAUCUCACACAAUUAAAGAAACGGGGCUGAGGGGGAAUAAUGUAUUGCUGAUUGUGGAGAUGGUGUUAAUUUUUAAUUAGAAGCAGUUUAUACUUAAGAGCAGAUUACUCAUAUCUUCACAGAGCACAUGUACAAGYGAGCUACUGAUAAAAGGAAACAAUUAAUUUCAGUGAUGCUUAGCUGAUUUCUUCUUAGAAGAGAAAACCAAAGCCCGAUUCUAUGCAUCAAGCCCUGACAACAGCGUGCAUCUUUUGAAUUCCAACCCAAUGCAUUUUACCUGGCAGUGGCAUGAACUGACAAAAUCAGCACACUUAGCUAAUUCAUACAUAAAGUUUUUCAGAACUACCUGGUAACUGAUUUUCCAACCCAUUAUACAGAAAGACGAGAGUCAGAGCCAGUUCCUUAAAAUUAGAGUAGCGAUCUGGCUGGUGUCCCUUUCAGUUAUGCAUAAGAAAACAGCAGAGACUUUGUAUGGAAAAAAAUGCCUCAGUAAAUGAAUCUGUUUUUAAAGGUUUUAUAAAGACCUAGUAUUUCAAACAAAUUGAUAUAGUGGCAUUAGUUCAGAGUCUUAUCUCUGUGAUGCUGCAGGUUUUUUCUUCAUGUCAAAUCACAUGCAGUUUACAUUGCACAAGGUUUCAGCUUUAUUUCACAGUUCCCUGCUUCUUCAGGGGCUUGCACUAAUUUGAAACGCAAGCUUGAAAGUGGAGCUUCAAUAACAGAAUGAGUUUUGCUAGAGUAUGGUAAAUAAUGAGGGCUGGUUUUUUGGUUUGGCCUUUGACAAGAAGAAGAAACAUCACAGAAUCUGGCCUGGUAAUUAGUGACACUUGAUAAAUACAGCAAAAUGUGACAGCAGGAUSUUUUAUCUUGGUCAUUGCGAGAUGAAUGGAAAUUGCAUGGGAAAGUUUCUUUUCCACAUAAAGAAAUUUGUUUCCAUAGAGAAACUCAUAUCUAAGUACCACUGUUUGUAAAUGUAUAUUUAUGUGACAAUGCUCUGUAAGAGCUGGUUCCCACUAACUUCCACAGCAUGAGCUUGGCAUGCCAGGGUCUUACUUGUGCCCACCUGAAGUCAGUUAUAAGAUUUCCAUUUACCUCAGUGGGAGCUGGGUUGAGCUGUAUYGAAAGUCCAAGAAUGGGUUAUCCUACCUUUUUUUACCUGUAGAGAGGGACCAAACCCUUACCUUUGGUGACAGCUGCCUAACCGGCUCUUUGCUGUGUUCAGCUAUUCCUACUGAUGCUCAAGGUACCUUACAGAUGUAAYUAAAGUUAGAAUUUGAGUCCUCUUUGUAUUCACAUAGCAGACACCUGCAUGUGUCUCGUAAAGAAUGUAGUUUGAAAUGCACUGUAAAUAGUUUUAACAUACAUUCCUAUUACAGUUUAAUAAAAACCUUAAUCACAGUCACUAGUCAUUGAGUUUGUSCAUUUGUAUUCUUCUAUCUUUUAAAAAUAUUUGAACAAAUAUAUAGUUUCUGGGCACAGUAUUUUUGUAUUAGGUUAAGGGGUUUCUCUGUAUAUUAUGUUUUGCCUUUAAGCAGUAUUAAAGUCUUCUGAAUGUUAUGUGUUCUCUCUU